AGCUCUGUCCUCAGCUGCUCCCUAGACUCCGAGGGGAAGUGAAGGAGAGGAUGGAUCGUGAACAGCUCCUCUCACCUCCUGCAUGAGAAACAGCUCCUUCAGAAACAGACUGCUACUCCCACCAUGUAAGAAGAAGGUCUGAGGAAAGGCGCAGUUCACCUGUGCACCGGCAGGGGGCGUGGUGUAGCAUCGCCAGGUGGCCGUGACGUCACUCUAGGCUUUAGGUGGCGUGCGCUCGAGCCUCUCCGGAGCUCCUCAGUGCUGCUGGAGGAGAAGGAGGAACGAACAUCACCUGUUUACAAGUCAGCUAUGGAUGUGUUUAUCGCCUGUGGAUGAUGUUCCCUCAGAUUUAAAAAGGUCUCCAGCACCAUCUGAUCCCGCCUGCCUCCGACGGCAGGGAGCAAAUGCCAGUCUUCUGAAAAAAAAAAAGGAUUAAAUCAGGAAUCUGUCACCUCGCCUAAGUAGGUGUGAAUUGCUGGCUGCAGUCAUGGGGAACCAGCUGACUGAUAUGGCUCCAAACACGCCGUCGUUCCUGCCAAACUUCCAGUCCCUGCACGUGGUGGUUAUCGGGCUGGACUCGGCCGGUAAAACGUCCCUGCUCUACAGGCUCAAGCUGAAGGAGUUUGUGAAAACCAUCCCCACCAAGGGCUUCAACACAGAGAAGAUCAAGGUGCCCGUUGGGGCGUCUCGGACCAUAAACUUCCAGGUGUGGGAUGUGGGCGGCCAGGAGAAGCUGCGCCCACUGUGGAAGUCUUACACCCGGCGGACAGAUGGGAUGGUGUUUGUGGUGGACUCCACUGAGCUGGAGCGUAUGGAGGAGGCCAAAGUGGAGCUCCACAAAAUCACCCGCACCUCGGAGAACCAGGGCGUCCCCGUGCUCAUCCUCGCCAACAAGCAGGACCUGGAUUCAGCGCUGUCCGUCAGCGAGGUGGAGAAGCUGCUCUCCGUCCACGAACUGAGCAUGUACACGCUGCAUCACGUGCAAAGCUGCAGCGCCGUGGACGGUCAGGGACUCCAGCCGGGCCUGGAGAGACUUUACGAGAUGAUCCUCAAGAGGAAGAAGAUGGUGAAGCACAACAGGAACAGAAAGAGAUGAACUCUUGGCUCCCUGCUGUGGACGAUAUCCACUGUUGAGACACUUCCAAGCUUAAUGGUUCCUUUUAAUGGGGGAGCGAUUUGUGCCAACAGAACAACAAUUACAUACGGCCUUAGGGUCAGAAAUGGAUUUGCUCAUAACAACUGAAGCAGUAUUGACAUACUCUUUGUUCUGCAAGUGUGCAGCUGCCCUUUGAAAAAUUAGAUUUAAAAGGGAACCUUGCUAGCAGUUAGUCUUCACUAAGUGCUUGUUUUAAAGAAGCCUGUUGGUGGGUAUGUGCUGAAGAAAGAUAUAAAACUUUAAACACGUUUAAAAAUGUUCUCUGCUCCCACUGAAUGGCUGUUUUUGUUCCACAGAUGCUUCCCCCCGAAAUAUUUAGUCCACGUUGUUGUUGUUUGUGUUGGACAGAGCAACGUCAGCUCAGUGAUCGGGCACCGAAUGAUAUUCAGUUUCAACGCCAUGAAACCAGUAAUCCUAAGUGGAUUCCCUUCAUGGCCACAGAGGUUACGUUUCACUUACGAUAACAAUAGUGUUUAUACAAAUUGUACAUUUUUGUAACACUGAAACUCGUAAUAAAUCUAAGCACUGUACAGAUCAAUCAUUGCUUUCCUUGUAGUUAACGGAGAAUUGAGCCAAGAUCUUACACAAAGCUGUCCUCUUUAAGCUGCUAUGACAAGACUCUACGGAGCAUUUUAGUGUUUUUCAGCUCUUUGUUUCGGUUUUCAGCCUUUAACUUUACUGUUUCGGUUCAACCUCACAGCUCUCGCUUUGUAUCGACUGCAGCAGGAUACUGUUUUUAUUGAAAAAGAUCUAUAAAAACACAAUUGGCAGCUCUCUGGUGGACUUAUUGGAGCAUUUGGUUGCUAAAGAGUCAGAUAUUUCCCCUUCCAAGAGUCAGUAGAGACCCAAGACAGAGCUGAAAAAGGGCUGAGAAACAUCACUACAGAUCUGUUGGAGGGGUAAAUAUGCAAAUGUUCAUCAUAUCAGCCACAGAAGAAGAUAUUAUUAGUGUUUUUACUUAAAAGCUUGGAUCCACUGCCCCCAAGUGGCCAAAAAAACAGUAAAUGCAUUUUAAAUUUUUUGUAUAAUCUAUAACAGACAUUUGUUGGAUUAUAAAAAGACUAAAGUCCAGAGUUAUGACCCCCCUCGUCCCUUAUUCAUGGAUUAAUCAGCAAAUGAGGCAGUGAGAGAGAGAGGAGGGGGAGGUGUAGUCCUCUCCUCCUCCUCCUUCCUCCCCCACUCAAACCAAAACAAUCCAUUCACUUUAAUUCCCACCUUCCAGUCUGCCAGCUGCUGACGUUGUAAUUGCAUCAAUUAGCGGUGAGGUGGUUCGGAGGUGAGCUGUUUUUAGUCCUUUUGUGUGAUCGUGUGGGAUUGAGCCGCCUGAGGCCGUCAACAGACGUUCUGAUUUACCGUACUUCUCAUGCACAACAACAGAAACAUGAAGUAAAGCAGGUUUG